AUGCUUCUUGUGUCCCCUCAUGUUUCUUGUGUCCCCUCAUAUCCGGUGUCCCCUCACACCUCUGUGUCCUGUGUCUCUGCAGAGCUGCAUCCAUGCUUCAAUGGCGGUGAGUGUAUCCAGAAGAAGUCCUGUGACUGCGGUCGGUAUAACGCCUCGGGAUCGCGCUGUCAGAUAGUCUACAACACCGGAGCUGACAGGGAGAACAUUUGCCGCACGUGGGGACAAUAUCACUACGAAACGUUCGAUGGCGUUUAUUAUUAUUACCCGGGAACCUCCACCUACGACCUCCUGCGACAGAGCGACCCCGAGGAGCCCAGCUUCGCCAUCCAGGUGCACAAUGACAGGGACUGCGGCCCCCGCCCCUACUCCUGUCGGCGCUCCCUCAGUCUAUACUUUGCUGGAAUCGGGGAAAUUACCCUUCAGAACCGAAUCGUCCUUCAUAACAACGUCAGGGUGGGGCUUCCAUACACAGUGGGGAACGUGAAGAUCCAAGCCGUCUCCGGAUACGUGGUUGUGCGGCAGCAGUACGUCUUCUCCAUGGCGUGGGACGGGAACUCCUCCGUGUAUCUGAAGAUGAGUCCCGAUUACUUCGGAAGGACGCACGGACUUUGUGGGAACAAUAACUGGAUUCCUCAGGAUGAUCUGGUGACCAGCUAUGGAAAAUUGACGGAAAACAUUGAAGAGUUUGUGAACAGCUGGAGGGAAGAUCUGCCCCAUAAAUCCUCCCCCGCCGCUCCUUUCCUGUAUGAACCGCCAUGUGCCAAGACAAGUCCGCGUGUGACACAGAUGUCACACUCGCUGUGCUCCGCCCUUCUCCAAGAUCCAUUCCACACAUGUCACCACGUGGUCAGCCCCUCCCCCUUCAUGGCCAGCUGUGCUACUGACCUCUGCAGGAUAAUGGUGACCUAUGUGGGUAAUGGUGACCUCCUGAGGGUAAUGGUGACCUCUGUGGAUAAUGGUGACCUCUCAGGAUAA